AUGCCACUAGCUACUUACCAAAUUGAUAAAAACCUACCUGCAAUUGAAGUGAAGGAAUUAACUCCCGAAUCUUUUAAAGAUUAUGGUUAUGUUAUUUCGCCUAAUCAUCUUAAUGUUGAUUCGGAUACAUCCUCAGCAUCGGCCAAUCAGGGAACUGCGAUAAAAUUCAUUGAAAUUUCUAGAAAUGAAUCACUUUAUGCCAAAAAUAAUUGUCCGAGUAGUCGAGUCCCGGAUUUCACUCGCUGGAAUCUGUUUCGAUGUACACCUCCGAACCAUCUUAUUACUUUAAACAACGAUGGAUCCUACACUUAUCUGGCAAAAGUUUUAGAGCAACACCCAUACUCAACGCAAACUUUUCUUCCUCUUGGAAAGAGUUCUGGUAAUAAAUGGGCUUAUAUGGUGAUAGUGUCCAAAACAAAUGCUUUUGGAACACCAGACCUUAAUACUGUUGAAGCUUUUGUAGCUAAAGGAAAUCAAGCCGUGACGUAUGGAGCAGGGACCUGGCAUGCCCCUAUGAUUGCGCUAGAUGGGACAAUAGAUUUUGGUGUUCUUAUUAAUGAAAACGGGGUUCCAGAAGAGGAUUGCCGAGAGGCAAAAAAAGAUUUGAAAUUGCUUGUUACCAAAACAAAGUUCAAGACUGGCGAAAGGGCGUGUCAAGUUGCUUCACAGGAUGAUUUGAAGGAAUCUUUUGGUAUUACAGAUGUUGACACGGUUAUCAAAGAAAUCUUAAAAAAGGGUGAAUUACAAGUUGGUGGGAAGGAAAGACAAGCACAAGCUAGCCAAAUACGUGCCGAAACUCUCCAAAUUGUGGCCAGUAAAUGUAUCAAUUCUAAUAAUAAACGCCCAUAUCCAACAACUAUUAUUGAAAAAGCAUUACAAGAACUUGGGUUCAACUUUGUUUCUAACAAACCCUCAAAAAGUCAGGCCUUAGAAGCAAUUAAACUUCUAGUUGAUAAGCAAGUUAUUCCAAUUGUGCGUGCACGUAUGAAAAUUCGAAUUUCGGUUUCAGGAUCUUCUAAUGUUAGAGAUGCAAAAAAAUACUCGGAAACUAUUAAGAAAAUGUUUUCUGAAAUUGAAGACGAAGAUAUUUCUGGAAACUUGUGGGAAAUAGUUGGUUACAUUGACCCUGGAAAUUUUAGGAAACUUGAUGAAACUGUUCAAACAGAAAGUAAAAAUAAAGCUACUGUUGAGGUUCUCGAUACUGCUGUUGUUCAACAAACUGAAGACCACUUUUAA